AUGCUCUACAUUAUCGGCUUGGGUCUCUCUGACGAGACUGAUAUCACUGUCAAGGGUUUGAAGGCUGUUCAAGGAAGCGAACGGGUUUAUUUGGAAGCAUACACCUCUAUUUUGACUGUUGGCAAGGAGAAGCUUGAAGAGUUCUAUGGCAAAUCAGUCAUUGUCGCCGAUCGUGAGAUGGUGGAAUCCGAGAGCGAUGCUAUCCUGGAAAACGCGGAUAAGGUGGACGUUAGUUUCCUAGUGGUGGGUGACCCAUAUGGCGCCACGACACACACUGAUCUAGUGAUCCGAGCUCGUGAACUAGGUAUUCCGGUGCAGGUGAUUCACAAUGCGUCUAUCAUGAAUGCAGCUGGUGCUUGCGGAUUGCAGUUGUACAACUUUGGUCAAACCAUUUCCAUCGUCUUCUUUACCGAUACUUGGAGACCCGAUAGCUUUUAUGAUCGCGUUGCUGAAAACAAAAAGUAUGGUUUGCAUACAUUGUGCUUGCUAGAUAUCAAGGUCAAGGAACAAAGCAUUGAAAAUUUGGCAAGAGGACGCAAGAUCUAUGAACCUCCACGAUACAUGACUGUGAACCAAGCUGUUGAGCAAUUACUUGAGAUUGAGGAGAAUCGAGGCGAAGGUCAUUGUACACCUGAUACGCUUGCUAUUGGAUGCGCACGGAUAGGCACUCCUAGUCAAAAGAUCGUCGCUGGCUCGCUGGCCGAGUUGGUCAACGUUGAUUUUGGUGGUCCUUUACAUUCUUUGGUGCUCAUCGGUUCCAGGAUGCAUCACAUGGAAGCUGACUUUGUCCGUGAAUAUGCUGUCGACAAGACUACAUUUGAUGAUCUCGUGAAGAAAAGCAUUGGUCCAAAAUAA